GAGGAGGCGCAGCAAGAUGGCGACCGAGACGGUGGAGCUCCACAAGCUGAAGCUUGCUGAACUAAAGCAAGAAUGUCUUGCUCGUGGUUUAGAGACCAAGGGAAUAAAACAGGAUCUUAUCAAUAGUCUCCAGGCGUAUCUUGAAGAACAUGCUGAAGAGGAAGCAAAUGAAGAAGAUGCACUGGGAGAUGAAACCGAGGAAGAAGAACCAAAGCCCAUAGAACUUCCUGUUAAAGAGGAAGAACCUCCUGAAAAAGCUGUUGAUGUGGCAUCAGAAAAGAAGGUGGUAAAAAUUACAUCUGGAAUACCUCAAACUGAGAGAAUGCAGGAGAGGGCUGAAUGAUUUAAUGUACCUGUAAGCUUGGAGAGUAAGAAGGCUGCGCGGGCAGCUAGGUUUGGGAUUUCUUCUGUUCCAACAAAAGGUCUGCCAUCUGAUACCAAGCCUAUGAUUAACCUGGAUAAACUAAAGGAAAGAGCACAGAGAUUGGGUUUGAAUGUCUCUUCCAUUUCUAGAAAGUCUGAGGAUGAUGAGAAGCUGAAAAAAAGGAAGGAGCGAUUUGGGAUUGUGACAAGUUCAGCAGGAGCUGGAGCUACAGAGGAUACAGAGGCAAAGACAAGGAAAAGAGCAGAGCGUUUUGGGAUUGCAUAAUGAAAAGUUCAUGCUUUCUGCCUCAUAGUGGUUUCCAUUUCUCAAAUUCUUCAUGGUUUUUACACACACACACACACACACACACACACACACGUAUGUCAUGUGCCUCACAGUGAGGAAUCGUGUACUUUAGGUGUGCAUCAUUGGAUUCCAGCAGCAGUUUGAUGUAACUGCUACUCUGCAUUUAAGUUGUUAUAUUUUUGUUUUUAAUUAUUUUGCUUAUUAA